AUGGCUGAUGACAUAGAGGCUUUCCUCAAGAGAUCUGCUAGUCAUGAACCUUUCAGUAAGAUAGCCAUUACUCCAGAUUUUUUGCCCAGGAUUGUCACAACCUUCCAGCCUUUGCCCGAGGGGAUCAGCAGUUCAGACCUUUUGUCCAGUAUUCCUGCUCAUUUAAGUAUUCAGCCUGAAAUGACUGCCAGUUUAGUCUCUGCUCCAGAAAUCAUUUUUGAGUCCUCAUCCUCCAUUGCUUUUGAACUGUUCUCCAUUUUUUCUGAUUCUGUUUCUAGACUCAUUGAACCUUAUUUUUCUAAUAUUAUUCAGUCUUCAUUUUUAAGUUUCUUUGAGCCUUCGUCCUCAAGAGCUGGUGAGCCCUCAGCAUCAAGCGCCGGUGAGCCCUCAGCAUCAAGCGCCGGUGAGCCCUCAGCAUCAAGCGCCGGUGAGCCCUCAGCAUCAAGCGCCGGUGAGCCCUCAGCAUCAAGCGGCAGUGAGCCCUCAGCAUCAAGCGCCGGUGAGCCCUCAGCAUCAAGCGCCGGUGAGCCUUCGUCCUCAAGCGCCGGUGAGCCUUCGUCCUCAAGCGCCGGUGAGCCCUCGCCCUCAAGCGCCGGUCAGCCCUCGCCCUCAAGCGCCGGUGAGCCCUCGCCCUCAAGCGCCGGUGAGCCCUCGCCCUCAAGCGCCGGUGAGCCCUCGCCCUCAAGCGCCGGUGAGCCUUCGUCCUCAAGCGCCGGUGAGCCUUCGUCCUCAAGCGCCGGUGAGCCUUCGUCCUCAAGCGCCGGUGAGCCUUCGCCCUCAAGCGCCGGUGAGCCCUCGCCCUCAAGCGCCGGUGAGCCCUCGCCCUCAAGCGCCGGUGAGCCCUCGCCCCCAAGCGCCGGUGAGCCCUCGCCCUCAAGCGCCGGUGAGCCCUCGCCCCUCAAGCGCCGGUGAGCCCUCGCCCUCAAGCGCCGGUGAGCCCUCGCCCAUUUCACAACCCAGAUCUAGGGGUAAGCCUCUUCCUAAGCUGAG